CGUGAGGGAUACGCUCCAUUGCCGCGCCGCUAUUACGUUUUCACUGCGACACGACAGCAUUGCAACUUAGAAUAUUAUUAUAAAAAUAUUAGUAUCGCGAGCGUGAUUGUAUUGGAAGUUGUAACCCCAAAAGACGAACGCACCUAUAAAAGUGUCGACGAAGCAAUUCGUCCAGAAGGGCAGAACAAACAACUCUACUAA